AAAUUGUUUUUUGGGAGGGUAACGUUCUGUUCACUUUCUGUAACGGCAACGGACAGCUGAGAUUUCUUUCUCGGUUUUCGACUGGCUCGACCGCUGUCUUUUCAUCAUUGGAGAGAACAGAAUUAAUUCGGCGUUUCUCAAUUGCUUAUCAGCAGAACUUCAACUAUUUUGUGUUUCAGUAAGUCAGUGUCGAGCAGCUACUGAGUUGGGGCUUGCUUUCUUAUCAACAAACGUUCUGCAUUAAAAGGCCUCAACAUGUCUAAAAUUGCCAGCCCUACCCACUUUAAGGGUGAACUUGACCAUUUUUAUGAUCCUACAUUCACUGCUGACAUUAGUCAAAAGAUGCAAGUUCCCAAAAAUAUUCGUGUUGGUGGAGAUGGUGAUCUAGAUGACAACCAACGGCAUAACUGGCUGAAUGAAAAGUUUGAUAUGCAUGUUCCAGAUAGGAUUCUUGUUGUUGGUGAAGAACAGCACAUUGGCACUAGAGCACCACCACGAGAAAUCAUGCUGGAAAAUGCUGUUAUGCCCCCUGAGCCAGAUUUCGUCCGUGUGCAGACACCACCUCGUGUGAUCACUUUGGAUGAGCAUUAUUUUCCUUCUGCUGAUGAUUAUCCAAGAAACAGUCCCCCUGAGCGGGAGAUGCUCAGUGGCAAGUUUGACUCGGCAUCCAGCUCAGAAAUCCACCAAAUCACCCCUUUCAAGAGCAGACACAAUGAACAUGACCACAGCCUUAUUCAAAGAGACUGGACUCCCAUGCCAUCUGCUGGUGGAGAGGGAAUUACCACCAGUGAAGAAAUACUACACCUCAGGCGACAAUUAGCCAAGCUGAAUCGGCGAGUUAUGGCUGUGGAACUGGAUAAUGUACAGAUGCAACAGCGAGAGAAAAUGUUAUAUGCUUCAGUUGCUGCAUAUCUUCUUUACAAAUUGAUCUCAUGGAUGAGCCACAAUGGUUAAAAAGCAUUUUCAUUAUCCGGUUUUCAGUUUGUGUGUUAAGGUAGCCAUAAUGUGAAUUCUACUAAAUGUGGCAUUGAGUUAACAAAUUCCCCAGAGGCUCCCUGUUAUUUCAUUAGAAUCUGCCAAGAUGAGGAUGGGAAGUCAAAAUGUUGUCAUCUUGACGCCAUAGUAAUGUUAUUUUGACUUUUUGUUCUCACUAAGCUGUUCCCUUACUUUUGAAUAUGAUAUCCCUUUCCAACAGCUAAAAGACUGUAGUGAGAACUUCUAUGGAAUGUGUAGCAACUCCAGAAAUCUAAGCUUCACCCAAUAUUUUGUAGUUUUAAAUUUUAAACCAAUGAUAUGCACUGUUUUUCUAGAUUCAGUUUCAUUUGUAGAAAUUAUUGUUUUCUACUUUGCAGCAUUUUACUUGCAUUGUCUCUUAGCCUGAUUGUGAUCAAAUAUUAUUCUGGACUGAGACUCAGAUUCUCGAUGAUAAUGAUUUUGGACAAUGUGUCCCUGAAGCUUGAUACUUGUAGACAUAGCUCUUAAUUGUAUGGCAAAGCUCUAGAGGCUAUUUGUAUUUUGCUUGUAGGUGCCAUUUAAUACCAUUCCCUUUAGUUUUCCCCCUUUCAAGCAUAGAGCAGGAAGUUUUGCAUACCUUAAUCGGUUUGAAAGAACUGUUGACUGUUGUUCUAUGUUUCUGGAUCUGUUAAUUGGAAGGUAACACAACGUUAAGACCAGUUGCUCAUGUGGAUAUUUUUGAAGAAGCUCAGUAUUGAACAACAUGUGGUGGCAACAGAAGUUGUGAUAUUUGUAAUAUUUGUAUUUUUUUCUGUUUUAAUGUAAAAUAAUUGUAAAUAUGUAGAAAAAUGAAUUUUUAUCAUGCCACACUGAA